ACCCAUAUAGACACUUGCCCAAGUACAAACGACCCCUCUCUUAUAGCCGUGCGUUAACGUUAACGGUUUCCUCUUCUGGUUUUGCUGAUUUCACGCCACAUCGUUAAGCAAAGAAAAGGAGAAACUUUUUUUGGGUAGGCCAAGAAAGAUCUCUCAUUUAGAGAGAGAGAGAGAGAGAGAGAGAGAGAGAGAGAGCGAGCGAGGUGGGUGGAAAUAUGUAGAUAAAGGUGGUUGAGGCGUCCUGCCCAGUCCACACCCUCUUUUUCCCAGAACAGCCAAAACGUUACAUUCUUCCUCUCUCGCUCUGCAACCUAUUCCUCUUGUCUGUCCACAAACUGUUUGUUGUUUUGCCAAAAAGAAAGAAAAGCAGAGAGUUUGGGGAAGCUUGUGGGCGGAGGAGAAGAGGAAUUUUCUGGUCUGGGGGUAGUGAGGGGACUCCCAGACUUUCAAAAGCACUCGUCUUCCUCAUAUUAUUCUCUCUUUCACCGCCAUCCUUGAUUUUUCCCAUGAUUGAUUAGAUUGUUGGGUUCUCCUUAUUGAGCUUGAAGAUCCAUCUCCCGGAUCUGUUCCAGCUUCUGAAAAGUUGGGAGAUUUUUGGCUAUUUGGGCCUUUGUAUCUAGACUGGCUUUCAUUUGAUUGCGGUGAAACAUUCAUUUGUUUCAUCAGCCAGCUCGUAUAAUAGCUGAAAGAAGCCAAUAGCUCUUUUUUUCUUUGUGCUUCAAAUUUACCCCAUUGAACAUCUACUGAACCUUUGAAUUCGAGCAGUUCGGGUGUCUGUGUCCUUGACUGCAUUUCUUGUAACCCUUUCCAUAGAGGAAGAACAAGAAGCACUUGCUGUGAGCAGCUUGUGAUUCUGGAUUGGCUAAGCCAACUGCCCACAAAAGAGUUUUGUCCCUUGAGGUGUCAACAGAUAGAAAAGAAGCUCUCUUUUUGUUUUGGUCAGACUUUCAACGACGAGGCCCACUGGUGGGUUCGGUGGGCUUCAUCAGACAACCAAGAACCCACAAUUUUGAAGAUCCCUCUUGGCCAUUCGUUCAUGAAAUUAUUGUGCGUUGAAGAAAGAAAAGAUAAUUCCGUUUCCUCUUGCUAACUAUCGUCCCUUUCCCACUACCUGGUCCUCUACUCACCCUGCCUUUAUCACGUAUUAUACCGAAAUUGAAUUUGACUCAUUUGGGGAAGUUCACCUUUUCUGAUGCUAAUUUUCUUCUUGUUCACUUGCCUCUCCUUCAUCCUCUUUUUGAAGUCUCUCCCUCUCAAAUCUCUCCCUGCAUGGGCAAGUGAGAUGACAUUGUUGUCACCCUGGAGCUAUCAGGAGUUCUUUGCUUUCCGCACUUCUAGUUUGAUGAAUAGCUUUGGUAGAAGCUGUAUUCCUCUAACACGCUCCAAGAUGUCUAUCAACAAUAGUAAUCUUUCUUCCAGAGUAGAUAAUGUAGAGACCGGAGAGAUGUCGGUAUUAGAUUUGCCAGACUUGGUCUUAGAAUGCAUACUGGAGAGACUUCCACCAGCUGAACUUUUUAGCAUGGCUGGUGUGUGUAGUUAUUUGAGGAAUAGGUGUAUAAGUGACCACCUUUGGGAAAGUCACAUGAAGCAAAAAUGGGGCAGAGUCAUUGGUCCAGCUGCAUAUCGGGAGUGGAAGAGGUACAUCGCUAGUAGGAGGGAGAUUUGCAAUCUCAAACAAGGCAAACAAAAGGGGCUUGUGAGGCUCCUAUUUGCUAUUUGGCCUUUAUCAUGGACUAAAUCAAAACUUGAUAACAGUGAAAAGCAGAGGAUUCCCCCUCCAGCUGAUUCAAUCAUGUCUUGGUAUCUUGCUCUUGAGACUGGCAAGUUCUGUUUCCCUGCUCAGGUUUACAACCGUGAGAAUGGUCAUGUGGGAUUUAUGUUGUCUUGCUACGAUGCUAAGCUUAGUUAUGACUCUCGAACCGACACCUUCCAAGCCAGAUACCCACCUCAUGGAAGGAGAGCAGGUGCAAUAGAAAGUAAUGUCACAUGGGAUAGACUGAGGGCACAACCUGUUGAUACUCCUCCACACGAUCUUCACAUUUCCGACUGUCUGAAUGACCUACAGCCUGGUGACCACAUUGAAAUUCAGUGGAGGAGAAACAAAGAAUUUCCUUAUGGUUGGUGGUAUGGUGUUGUUGGUCACUUGGAGUCAUGUGAUGGCAACGUGAACUACUGCCGAUGUCACAAUAGUGGCACGGUGAUACUGGAGUUCAGACAGUAUGCCCCAGGUUCGCGGUGGAGACAUACAGCCAUAAAUAGGAGAAACCAUGGGGAGGAGGGAAAUGAAGCAGACGGUUUUUAUGGAGGAAUCAGAAAGCUUAAAAACGAGAGAGAGAUUUCAAUGUGGAAGAUUCUGUGGCCAACGGAAGUACUGGAGUAGGUUUGUAUGAAGUCUCCUAUUAAAGCUAAUUGAUCUGUCCCAAUUCAAAAGUCAGAGCAAAGAUUAUGGUUUUAAUUAUUUUCUGCUAGGUCGAAGCGACUUGCACAGACUCUGACAAGCUUUUGACCGUGUUACUCGAGGCGGCCUCCGAAAUUCCAUUCAUAUAUUCAUCCUUUGGUCUAAUUUAUUUGUGGGAGGAUUAGUCCGUGGUCCAGAUGAUGAUUCAUGUGAAUUGCCUCCCAUUGAUUGAAAUUCGAUGUACCAUACUUACAAUAGUGUAAACAACAUAAUUGAUAAAUUGAAACCCGCCAUAGUUCGAUGAA